GAAUUAAAUGCAGCUUUUCAUUUUUUCUAUAAAGUUGCCGACUGAAAAACUGUUGGCGAAAAAUAGCAUUUUAACUUUCAACUGUCAAAAUCAGCCAUUAUUGGGCAAUAGAUAGAAUUAAAGCACAUGCUUUUUUUCUCCUAAUUUUAGCCGAUCAUUAUUAAUAAAUUAUUAACAUGGCCCAAAAUAAAUUUAACGAUUUAGCUGGAAAAUUUGGUAAAGGUGGUCCACCGGGAUUGGGCAUUGGUCUAAAAUUAUUAGCUGUCGGAGGAGCUGCUGCUUAUGGGGUUUCUCAAUCUUUGUACACAGUCGAAGGUGGGCAUAGAGCUAUAAUGUUCAACAGAAUAGGUGGAAUUCAAAAAGAAAUUUAUACAGAAGGUUUGCACUUCAGAAUACCAUGGUUUCAAUAUCCUAUAAUUUAUGAUAUCAGAUCCCGCCCACGAAAAAUCUCCUCUCCAACUGGGUCUAAAGAUCUUCAGAUGGUAAAUAUUUCACUUCGUGUAUUAUCCAGACCCAGUGCUUCUCAAUUGCCUGUUAUUUAUCAACAACUAGGCUUAGACUAUGAUGAAAAAGUACUCCCAUCUAUUUGUAAUGAGGUAUUAAAGUCUGUUGUGGCCAAAUUUAAUGCUGCCCAAUUGAUUACACAGAGACAACAGGUAUCACUAUUAGUUAGAAGGGAAUUAGUAGAAAGAGCACAAGAUUUUAAUAUAAUCCUAGAUGAUGUAUCUAUAACAGAUUUAUCUUUUGGAAAAGAUUAUGCAGCUGCAGUAGAAGCUAAACAAGUAGCUCAACAAGAGGCUCAAAGAGCAGCAUUUGUGGUUGAAAAGGCUAAACAAGAGAGACAGCAAAAAAUUGUACAAGCUGAAGGAGAAGCUGAAGCAGCAAAAAUGUUGGGAGAAGCAAUUGGACAGAACCCUGGAUUCUUGAAAUUGAGAAAAAUUAGAGCUGCUCAAAAUAUUUCCAGAACGAUUGCUAAUUCUCAGAAUAAAGUAUAUCUCAGUGGAAAUAGUUUGAUGUUGAAUAUUUCGGAUAAAGAGUUUGAUGAAAUGUCGGAGAAGUUGCAAAGGCAAAGUGAUUAUGGAUCGAUACCAAGCAAAAGCCGGAAUACACUUUUAACUUUAUCAGAGUGUGAAGCUAGUCGAAUAACAAAUAUUUGAAAUAUGCAUAUUAAUAGACAUAUUUUAUUUA